AUGGCAACUACUGGAGAGUACAUCGUCGUUGUCAUCAACGGAAUCAGCAUCGUGGUGACUGUUGUCGGCGGCCUCCUCACCAUACUGACCAUCUGGACACGUCCGGCCCUACGGAAACUGGUCAACGCACCUCUGGUCAGUCUCAGCUGUGCAGAUAUCCUCUUCGCCAUCCUGUAUUCCCCCUUUUGGAUCCAUCAAAUCCUAAACCCCCAAUGGGAGCCCCCACCAGCACUGUGCUGGGUUCUCGCCUAUUCCACUCCGGUGCUGUUGGGGGUAUCGUUAAGCCAUAUGUUGUGUAUCGCUCUUCAGCGUUACUUCAAGAUCUGUACCCACAGUACACGUCUGAAUUCCACACGUGCACUCGUCAUCAUGCUCUGCAUCACAUGGUUGGUCCCCAUGGUUUCAUUUUUGCCUCUUCACAUCGUUGAAGAGGUAAAGGUGGACCGAAAGAUGAAACGAUGUGAGGCGGGAAAUUCUGACAAAAUCUGGGCAAAGAUACCCCCAGUCAUUCUAAACACCAUCCUACCAUACAUUGCUGCCCUGGCCUUUUACAUCCUUAUCCAGAACCAUGUGAGGAAGAGUAAGAAACGAGUCCAGGCUAACGCACAGGGCCAUUUGGCAGUGAAGUGCACACGGGGGAAGGGGGGUAAUGCCGGCUCUUCCACCAGCACAGAAACCAACAAGGUUGCAAAGCCUGUAAGAAAUCUGGAGGGUGUAGUGUGGGUGGGUGAUGAAGUGUCCACAUCAAGUGAUGACGGACAGAAAGCCAAUGACCAGAUAAAGCCCAGUAAACCUAAAGACGCCAUGAUCCUGGUUGCUCCGGCACCAGGCACAGGGCUAGAUGAACAGGGUAAAACAGCUUUGUCAAGUGAUGAGGAACAAAAAGGCAAUGACCGGAAAGAGUCCGAUAAAGCCAAAGACAUAACCCGUACUGUCGCUACAGUGUCAGAUCAGUUUGGCAAAACUAAACGACAGCAGCACGCUGUCCCAGGCAGCAGCUCACAAAGCUGUACCAGUCCUGCUGAAAGGCAGAUCACGAAAAUGAUGAUGAUGCUGUUUGUUGUCUACACCUUAUGCUGUAUGCCCAUUAUCGUAAUGGUGAUUUUCUCCAGCCAAGUUCCGGCCGAAGCCUUCACUGUGGGCCAGCUGCUAGCAACAUUGAAUGGUGCCAUAAACCCGAUCGUAUAUGGCGUCAUGAACAAAAACAUUCGCCAGGGUUACAAGCAUAUCUUGGACAGGGUCCUCAACUUCAUAACGUGA